AUGCGUUUCAAGACAGAUAUCACAAACAUCACGACCUUCACAAAGCUCAUAUCAUGCCUGAGCUCGAUAUCAAAAGUCGCGUGGCUCAAGCUUGACGAGGAGCAGAUCCACUUCACAUUGAUGCAGGAGCCCACCGUGCAAGUCUUUGCAACUCUCUCAAAAGAAACCCUCUUCAGCACCUACCGCAUCGCCUCCGCCUCCUCCAACACCAUCAACCUCGAAGUGCCCCUCCCCAUCCUCCUCCGCGCCCUCCGCUCCUGCGCCUCCUCCCCCACCGCCACCCUGCGCCUGACCAAGCGCGCCGCCGACAACGUUCCCAUCCUGUGCAUCACCGUCAGCACCACACCGUCCUCCUCCACGCUCGUCACGCAGGAGGUCCCCGUGCGCGUGCUCGCGCCGGCGACUGUCGCGGGGCUGUGCGAGCCGGAGGUGCCGCCGCCGCAGGUGAGUGUUGUUCUCCCGGGGCUCGCGGCGGUGAGGGGCGUGGUGGAGCGUAUGAAUCGGUUGGGUGUGAAGAGGGUGCGGUUGGAGGCGAGGAGGACGCAGGGCGGAGGGAGGGAGUUUAGGAUGGGCGUGGUGGGGGAGGAGGUGACGGUGGAGAGUGUGUGGAGGGGGCUGGGGACGGGGUUGGCGGUGGGGGAGGAGGAUAUGGAGGAGGUGGGGGAGGAGGGGGAGGAGGGGGUGGAUGGGGGGUGGGCGGGGGUGACGGUGAAUGGGAGGGAGUGGGCGAGGGUGUUGAGGUGUGUGGGGUUGGCGAGGAGUGUGGUUGCUUUCUUUGUGAAUGACUUUGCACUCGUCGUGUAUGUCUACCUCACCGAUAACGAGAGUGACGCCGUGAUCACGUACUACAUGAGCUCCCUCAGCGACUGA